GCCUCUCCCCCAGCCGCGGCGGCCUCUGUCUGCGAGGCUCGAGCACAGGGAGGUCGAGGACGUACCGCCCCUGCCGGUGGACGGCAUUGCCAAUGUGCUGGUCUCAAGCUUGCGUGAGACGGAGGGCCGGGGGUUGCCACCGGAGCUGCGAUGCCCCGAGGCGGCCAUACAGCACCUGGCUCCGGGCACGCGGCUUAGGCCCUGCAGGUCCACGAGCUGCUGCUGGCGCUGGGUGGCCACGAAGCUCUUGGACGAGUGCUUGAGCGCAGCGGCCAAGGCGGUCAUCUUGCGCAAGACGCUGGACGAGGAGCUGGGCGACUCGAUCCUCCAGCAGCUGCUCAACCUCGAGGGCGACCACGAGGCGCUACAGGAGCGCCUCGGCCAUGUCCGCAGCCAGUUCGACCUCGAGCGCGCCGCGCGGAGCGCCCUCGAGGAGAAGUUGGCGGAUAUGGGCGUUCAGCUUCAAGAGGCAGUGGAGAAGAGCCAGCGGUCUGCGCGCGCCGAGAGCCGCGCGGUCUCCGCGCGCCUGGCCGCGGAGGAGAAGGUCAGCGAGCUGCAGAACGAGCUGGACUUGCAGGCCAAGAACACGCCGGAGGAGCUCAAACGCCGAACGCUGGCUGCCGAGGCCGAAGUGGAGCGCAUCAGGGCCGAGUCGGAG